AUGACACAGUCAAAAUUCUGUCUUCUGAAACUCCCGAGAGUUGCUUUAAAUGAAGUUCUGAAAUUAUUCACUCCAUUUGAAAUAAUCUCCCUGUCCUUAUGCAGUAAUUACACGAAAUCAAUAUGCAAGACCAUCCGUGCGGUUUCUCAGUGCAAGGAGACACUCACUAAAUUCCAUGUUUUUAUUGAUUCUCACUAUGAGAUACAUCUCCAAUUCUCAUAUUUACCAGCUCAUGACUGGGUUUUUUAUAUGAGGAAGAAGCGUCCGGAGAAAGAGGCAUCAUGGGAUCCACGUAGAAGAGUUGUUGAACAUGGGACUGGUGGUCAUGGAACUAUUACAACCACCGAGUAUAGCCUCCGUCUUCGCACAUCGGAUUGCCUUAUAUCGGCUACCAGGAACUUAUGCUUCCACAUCUCUGAAAUAUUUCAUCAAGAAAUUCAAGCAUUUGCAUUUGAUUAUAAAAUGUUUGGCAUUGAAGAAAAUCAGUUGAUAUUGGAUUUAUUCUGUGAACAACCUGUUCAACAAUUUCAAUUAUCUGGGGACACCUCAGAUGAUCCUUCAAAGAAUGAUAUUUUGACCAACAUUCUGACCAGACAGAAAUCGAUAAAUAGGCUAAAUUUAUGGUUUAACCCAAGUGCUAAUUACCGUUUUGACUUCAGUCAGUUGGAAAAUCGUUUAGAUUCUCUAAAUAUUCUGUAUUCUCACUGGAUAACUUUUCAACAACUGCAGGAGAUCAAAUCUCAAAUGGUGUUUCUCUCGAGAUCUAACUUUCUCCAAGCAGAUUUCAAAGCAUUGAUACAAAAAUGGAGAGAUGGGUGGAGUCCGAAUUGGGAAGCACUUAUGAUUGAAUUCAAAGAGGAUAUCAAUAUUGACAAAUGUGUUAAAGGAGAGUUCAUUUAA